AUGCCCAAAGUAGACGAGGAUCCGACAUUCGUGUGUGAAAUUCGUGAAGAUGGCAAAGACAAGCCUUUUGAAUGCGAUAUUUGUCAGACAAGGUUUGGUAAACUUGCAUAUUUACAACGACAUGAAAAUCAAGUGCACAGCACUUUUAAACCUUUUACAUGCAAAGUUUGCAAUAAAUCAUUCCGUAAUCGUUGUCACUUGGAGGCUCACGAGAAAACGCAUAGUGGGGAAAAAUCAUUCCAAUGUAAGUAUUGUGAAAAGGCUUUCUGUGGGCAGUCUACGUUAAUAAACCACAUCAAAGUUGUGCAUAAAGGGAUUGAUCGACCAUAUAAAUGUAAAUUUUGUCCGAAGACAUUUAAAAAGCAAGGAUUUUUAUCACAACAUGAAAAUCAACAUAAUGGUGAUAAAUCGCAUCAUUGCAAGGAAUGUGGGAUUGGUUUUGAUCAUCCAUCCUCUUUGGCCUCACAUGUUCGCACUCACAAGGUCGAAGUAAAAAUGUUGAAAUGUGCAUUUUGUGAAGAGACAUUUCCUUCUCAAUGUACCUUGAAAAGUCACAAGCGACUGUAUCAUCCUGACCGGCCAAAAUAUUUUGUAGUUAGGAAACCACCACCCUGGGAAACAACCCAAACGAGUAUGACAUAUCCAUGUGCAUUUUGUGGCAAAGUAUUUAGCAACAAUCAAACUAUAUACAAGCACCGAAGGCAUUGUCACUCAGGUGAUGAUUUUGUCACAUGCAAGUGCUGUGACCAAUCAUUUCAAACAUCUCAUAUGCUCGCAAAGCAUAUUUUAAUGGAACACAAUGGCACUCUAUUUGAAUGUGAUACAUGCAAAAAGACCUACCCAGUUUAUGAAGAAGCAAUUUUCUGUCAUAAAGAACGUCCCACAGUUGCCCCCACAAUUAUGAAUCCCACAAUUACGAAUCCCACAAUUACGAAUCCCACAAGUACAAAUCCCACAAAUGAAACAGGCUGUCAUAAAUGUGAUGUCUGCACAAAAGAAUUCUCUUCAAGAAAAAAUUUAAGAAAUCAUAAAGCGAUCCAUGGUGAAAAAAGACAUAAAUGUAAAAUCUGUGGCCUUGCAUUUGUUCACUUAUCAAAUUUAUAUACACACAGAGCUUUACAUACAGAGGAACGGCCAUAUAAAUGUGACAUGUGUGACAAAGCAUUCAAAACAAAAAGAUAUUUGAGACUUCAUUCCAAACUACACGCAGAUGGGAAAGAAUAUCAUUGUGAAAAAUGUAAUAAAUCAUUUGUGAUCAAACAGUAUUUAGAUCGACAUGUUAGAGGACAUGAUUCUUCAGACAUGAAGAAAACAGAGAAAUGUGAUGAAUGUGGAAAAUCAUUUUCCUGUAGACAAACAUUAACACGUCAUAAAAAAAGACACAUGGUGACUAGCAGUGAGGAAUAUUUACAAUCUCACAAACAACAUGAGUGUAAUGUUUGUCAGAAGGCAUUUAAAAUUCGAUCUGAAUUGACCAAACAUAUGAAAGUCCAUAAAGAUCAAGAAUCUUACACAUGUGAUAAAUGUAAUAAAGUUUUUAAGUGGCAUAGAUCUCUCAAGAACCACAACUGUGACAAUUAUACAGAUUCACCAUACAAAUGUAACAUUUGUCAAAAAUGCUUCCUAAAUCCUCCAGCAUUAGCAAAGCAUACAACGAGAAUUCAUAAUAAUGGGGAAUCUUUCAAGUGUGAUAAAUGUAACAAAGUAUUUAAGUACCGUGCAUCUCUCAGGUAUCAUCACUGUGUUAAUUAUGAGGACUCACCUUACAAAUGUACUGUUUGUCAAAAAUGCUUCACAAAUCCAGCAGCAUUAGCCAGACACAUGAAGAUUCAUACUCACCAGGAAUCUCACACUUGCGAUAAGUGUAACAAAGUAUUUAUGUGGCAUAAAUCUCUCAAGAACCAUGCCUGUGACAAUUAUGUAGAUUCACCAUACAAAUGUGAUGUUUGUCAAAAAUGCUUCACAAAUUCUCCAGCAUUAGCAGGACAUAUGAAGGUUCAUAAUGACCAGGAAUCUCGCACUUGCGAUAAAUGUAACAAAGUAUUCCAGCGCAAUUCAUUCCUCAAGGAUCAUCAUUGUGUCAAUUAUCAAGACUCGCCAUACAAAUGUAAUGUUUGCCAAAAAUGUUUCACAAAUCCACAAGCGUUGGAAAAACAUACAAGGAGAGUUCAUAAUGACCAGGAAUCUCUCAGCUGCAAUAAAUGUAACAAUGUUUUUAAUUGUCAUAAAUCUCUCAAGAAUCAUAGCUGUGACAAUUAUGCAGAUUCACCAUACAAAUGUGAUGUUUGUCAAAAAUGUUUCACAAAUGUAUCCGCAUUGGUAAGACAUAUAAAAACUCACAAGCAAUCUUACAAAUGUCAUAAAUGUAGCAAAUCUUUUAGAAAGCAUGCUACCCUCAAGAAUCAUGUCUUUGAAUGUGGAAAAAUUUCAAAAGGUAAUAAUGGUCAGACACUCUUUACAAAUCCAAAAUCUUUGGCAAUUCAUAGAAGAGCCAACUCUGGUGAUUUAUCAUACAAGUGUGAUUUCUGUCCAGCUAUUACCACAGAUUUAGAUGAUCUUUGUAGACAUGAAAAAGUACACACAGGAAGAGUCUCGUUCAAAUGUAAGAGAUGUCAAAAAAUAUUUACCACAGAAGCUAUUUUGGAACUACAUCAGAAAUCUUGUGCUGGUAAGAAAAUUCAUGUAUGCAAAACUUGUGGGAAGUCUUUCAACCAACUUUCUGUUUAUCUGCUACACAUCAGGAUGGAUCAUUCUGUCGUUCUUAAUGGUAAUGCUUGCAAGGUCUGUAACAAGCAGUUUUCUGCAAACGAUGACUUAGAUUUUCAUGUCAAGCUAGGUUGUGAUUACAUAUUCAAAUGUAAAUGUGGGAAAACAUUUAGUCUGGCCACUGCGUAUAAAACUCAUCAAUUAACUCAUUCAAUAAAAGCUGCAGAUAAACCUUACAAAUGCAAAAUAUGCAAGAAAUCCUUCAAUCAACUAUCAACAUUGAUUUAUCAUAAAAUAAAACAUAACAAGUAA